CCGAUUCCAGUUAAAAACCAAAACCAGAAAAAUCGUUUUCGCCACUCUUGUCUCAAAUAUGUGGAAAAGAUCAGCUUCCUUCAUUCUUGAUCAAAGACAAGAAAAUAACAAACCCCCUUUAGAUUCAUCAUCAUCAAAUCAAAUGGCUGCUGAAAAAAACUCAAAAAUCUCAGCAUAUUAUCAAACAAGAUCAGCGCAUCAUGCUGUUGUAACAAGUGAUUGGUUAGCUCAAUCACAAGAAGCUGCGAUUGAAUUUGAUCCAUCUACUAAUGAUUACCUUAAAUCGAGUACUGGUAAUUCUGGGGAGAAACCCUUUAGUGUGAUUGAUGAGUUUAAUCACUGGAGACAAUUACCUGAAUUAGCUGAAGCUGUUGCUGCUAUUUUAGCUUUGGCAUCUGUUAUUCGGUUUAGUAAAGCUUCUACUAUUAUGGAACUUGAAAGAGAACUCAAAACUGCUUCUGAUUCUCUAAAGUCAUGGGAUACGACUUCCAUUUCUUUGACAGCUGGAUGUGACCUGUUCAUGCGAUAUGUAACCAGAACUUCAGCCUUGGAAUAUGAGGACUUUGAUGCUGCAAAAUUGCGGUUAAUUGAGCGUGCAGAGAAGUUCGGUGAGAUAUCUCGGAAGGCACGAAGAACCAUUGCUAUGCUUAGUCAAGACUUUAUCUUCGACGGGUGUACAAUCUUGGUGCAUGGAUAUUCUAGAGUUGUAGUGGAAGUUCUGAAGUUAGCUGCACAGAAUAAGAAACUGUUCCGAGUUUUAUGCACAGAGGGAAGACCUGACAGAACAGGCUUGCGGUUCUCAAAUGAGCUAGCGAAACUUGAUGUUCCGGUAAAGCUUCUUAUUGACUCUGCAGUUGCAUACACUAUGGAUGAGGUUGACAUGGUAUUUGUUGGGGCUGAUGGAGUGGUAGAAAGUGGAGGUAUAAUCAACAUGAUGGGAACAUACCAAAUUGCAUUGGUGGCUCACAGCAUGAACAAGCCAGUUUACGUUGCUGCUGAAAGUUACAAGUUUGCACGUCUCUAUCCUUUGGACCAGAAAGAUCUCACCCCUGCUUUGCGUCCAAUUGAUUUUGGGGUUCCUAUCCCGUCUGGGGUGGAAGUCGAAACUUCUGCCAGGGAUUAUACACCACCUCAGUACUUGACGCUUUUGUUCACAGAUCUUGGUGUUCUAACACCAUCUGUAGUCAGUGACGAGCUCAUUCAGCUGUACUUGUAGAUAGAAUUCAACUAUGGAGAAAUUUUAGUUCAACUAUUUGAGAAUCUAGUUGACAGAUUUUUGUUGUUUUGAGUUCUGACAAUAUGCAUCAUCUUGAAUUUUCUUCUGUAAGCGCUUGCCUUGUUUUUGACAAGAAUGUUUCCAACUUUCAUAUGUUCAUCUCUUUGUAAUGCAUACCUGUAUAGUGUUAUUGUUUUGACAUACUGGUGUUUGAGCUAUAUUUUUUGUGUGAGCAUGCUGCAUACAGAUGAAGAACUGAAAAAUGUAGAGAUUUUGCUUGACG